AUUAUCAUUAAAAUAUGAUAUCUUAUUUUAUUAAAAUAAAUAAAUGCAGAAAUAAAAGCUAUCCUUCUCUCUUUCUGUCUGAAGUCUUUCUCAUCAUUUCCUCUCGGUUUCCUCUUCUCAAUAUAAUUUUUUUUUCUGCACAAAUCAAAACAUUUCUUCUUCUUCUUCUUCAUUGUCUUAUAGAGAAUAACAUUUUCUUUUUUAAAAAAUGCCUGCUUGGUGGGGUAAAAAGUCGAAUAAGAACAAAGAAGAGAGUCAAAAUCGAAGUCCACGAGGCACUAGCAUCGGAGUAAUUAAGCUUUUGCCUAAUAAACCAGAUGCUACUGCCGGAUUUUCCUGCGGCGGCGCUGCUGGCAAAAUGAAAGUAGCCGCCGCCGCCGCCGCCGAUGACAAGAACAACAACUACUCUAAGAGCUUUGAUGGUGGAGGAGGGCUUGUUUUAACCACCAGUAAUUCACCACGUGCCAGCAGGGAGUUCAGCGUUGUUGUUGGUUGUAGUGGUGGUGGGUCAUCCGGGUUUUCGGGUUUGGAUUCGGAUUCAGGUGAAAAAAUAGGGAUUCCUUUGCCUACACCAUCCAUCUCACCGAUGCAGAGUGAUCAUGUUGUGGGGUUAGGAUCUGGGUGGCAUUCGGUUUCAAGUGAUAGCUCUUCUGAAGAUAAUCAGAUUGCAAAUGAUCCGGUUCAAUUCCUUGCAUACAGGUCCUAUAUUGAUCCCAGAGGCCAAGGUGAACCUAGAAUGAACACGAGGUCGAGAAGCCCUGGUCCGGGGUCGAGAGGAGCAACCAGCCCGACAUCACCUCUUCAUCAUCAAUUGUCUGCGGUUAGUCUAGAGUCUCCUACAGGCAGAAAGGAAGAUGGCAAGUCCGUGUGUCAUAAGUUGCCUCUUCCACCAGGUUCUCCUACUAGUCCCUCUGCUGCCCUGCCUAGCACAAGAACUUGUGGAGUGAAUGAAAAUACACCUUUUACUCUAUCGAAAUGGCGAAGAGGUAGACUCUUAGGAAGGGGAACUUUUGGACAUGUUUACCUUGGGUUUAAUAGUGAAAGUGGGCAGAUGUGUGCAAUAAAAGAAGUCAGGCUUGUCUCUGAUGAUCAAACAUCAAAAGAAAGCCUCAAGCAACUGAACCAGGAGAUAAAUUUGCUUAGUCAGCUAUCUCAUCCAAACAUUGUUCGGUACUAUGGAAGUGAACUGGGUGAAGAAACACUCUCAGUUUACUUGGAAUAUGUCUCUGGUGGUUCAAUCCACAAAUUGCUUCAAGAAUAUGGUGCCUUCAAGGAACCUGUCAUUCAAAACUAUACAAGACAAAUUCUUUCUGGGCUUGCUUACUUGCAUGGAAGAAAUACAGUCCACAGAGACAUAAAAGGGGCAAACAUAUUAGUAGAUCCUACUGGUGAAAUCAAGUUGGCUGACUUUGGCAUGGCAAAACAUAUAACAGCUUGUGGUACAAUGCUUUCAUUCAAGGGAAGUCCUUACUGGAUGGCACCUGAGGUUGUAAUGAAUACAAAUGGCUACAACCUUGCAGUGGAUAUCUGGAGUCUAGGCUGUACCAUACUUGAAAUGGCUACAUCAAAACCACCAUGGAAUCAGUAUGAAGGGGUGGCUGCAAUAUUUAAAAUUGGAAACAGUAAAGAUAUCCCAGAGAUUCCUGAUCGCCUUUCUAAUGAAGCUAAAAGUUUCAUAAGGCUUUGCUUGCAAAGAGAACCGUCAGCACGUCCUACAGCCUUGCAACUGCUAGAUCACCCUUUCAUUCAUGACCAAGCAACUACAAGAGUUGCAAACAUCAGCAUAACCAAGGAUGCAUUUCCUUACACUUUUGAUGGAAGCCGCACUCCGCCCAUAUUAGAACUGCAGUCCACUAGAAAUAAUGUCCCUUCAUUUGAUGGAGAUUAUGAGAUGAGGGGAAUGACUACAACUUCAAGAGCUUUGAGGAAUCCGAGAGAUAAUGCAAGAGCAAUCACAUCUUUGCCUGUAUCUCCUUGUUCAAGUCCAUUAAGAUAUGGUGCAGCUCACAAGAGUUGUUUUCUUUCUCCUCCUCAUCCGGCUUAUCAGUUUGUAGGACAGAGCGGAUACUUGUGUGAUAUCUCUGGGAAUGCUUCGAGACCAAAUCCAAAGUACACUUUGGAUCCUUGGCUUCAAACUUCACUACUAAAAGUUCAAACACCGAGCACCCCUCCACGAACGAGACCUAUUUGAGAUAAUUGUAAAUAGGGGACAGGACAAAUAUCCAUUUCCUCUCCAUCCCCAAGUCCAAUGAAAUUGAGUAUUUUUCUUUGAUGGAAGGAUUCUCCCUCCCUAUUCUGGUAAAUUUGGCCAUCCCAUUCUUCUAGCCAACUAGAAAAGUGAUUGCAUUUUUAGCUUAAGGCUACGCGUAGUGGGAAUAUUAGGGGACAAUGGGAGUUUUGUUGCAGGGUGAAGAUAAAACGAUGCUCCAAUACUUGAACUUGUAACACUCUCGUUGAUUUUUGUAUAUGGAAGGUGGUCACUUAGCCUGUAACAUUCUCGUUGUUCUAUACUAGUUAAUGAUGCACGUAAUACCGUUACUGGUUGAACAGGUAA